CUGUUUCCUCCAAGCCACUCGAUCGUGUAGACGCCGCCAUUACCACGCCACCGGGUCGCAAAUCUGUCAUAGUGAAAAGUUUUGUGGUUUUUUGAUAAAUCUGUUCAGUUCUUUGUUCAGUGUUUAAACAAAACAAUAAAUAAAAUUAUCCCAAGAUGUCUGACGAAAAGAAGGGAGAAACCGAACACAUCAACUUGAAAGUCUUAGGGCAGGAUAACGCUAUAGUGCAGUUCAAAAUUAAGAAACACACACCACUCAGAAAAUUGAUGAAUGCGUACUGUGAUAGAGCGGGCCUAUCAAUGCAAGUAGUGCGAUUCAGAUUUGAUGGUCAGCCUAUCAAUGAAAAUGACACACCAACGUCACUGGAGAUGGAAGAGGGUGAUACAAUAGAGGUGUACCAGCAGCAGACGGGAGGCACUCUAGUGUAAAUUAUAAAAUAAGGAACUGUCCAGUUGUGGGAAGAUCGACCCAUCUCAAAAGUUUAACAUUAAGUUAAUUUUAAUACCUAAAAUUAUUAUCUGUAAAAUGUUUAAUUUCGGAGACACAAUGACCAUCACUGAUUCUUUUUUUUUCUCUCGGAUUGUGUCUCGGAAAUUCGAAACAAAUAUGUGGAUAAUUUGAGGUAAACCAAAUGUUCUAGGUAACUUCAACUAUUAUUCCAUUGUGAUAAUUUUUAGUUAACGUGUCUACUAUCAGCCAGUAUUUUAAAUGCUGAAGAGCUUAGGCAUCAUGACGUGUUUCUAUGUGGGUAACUGUAAUUUAUUGGACCUGUGUCCAUCUCAGUAACUGUCAUCUCUAAUCUUUGAUGUACCUAUUGGAAGUAAAUAAAUUAAAUGUAUUGAUUAAUGAUUUUCA